AGUAAAAACACUAAAGGGGUAGCUAUGGAGAUGGAGCGUUUUCCUGGCUGCUUUCUUUGACAGGUGUUGAGUGGGGCAAAAGUCUUAAAACAGAAUCCAGCAUGUACGCCAAAGGUAAAGGAGCCGUCGUCCCCUCCGAUAGCCAGGCGAGAGAAAAGUUAGCUUUAUAUGUGUACGAGUAUUUGCUGCAUGUCGGCGCACAGAAAUCAGCACAGACCUUCCUGUCAGAGAUCCGAUGGGAGAAGAAUAUCACACUUGGGGAACCUCCAGGAUUUUUACACUCAUGGUGGUGUGUAUUCUGGGAUCUGUACUGCGCCGCUCCGGACCGGAGGGAGACAUGUGAACAUUCCAGUGAGGCCAAGGCUUUCCAUGACUAUAGUGCGGCUGCUGCCCCCAGUCCCGUGAUGGGCAACAUGCCACCCAAUGACGGCAUGCCGGGAGGCCCCAUGCCCCCGGGCUUCUUUCAAGGUCCUCCAGGAUCUCAGCCGUCCCCCCACACACAGCCACCCCCACACAACCCCACUAACCCCAUGAUGGGACCUCACGGACAGCCCUUUAUGUCUCCGCGGUACCCUGGUGGCCCCAGGCCCUCCCUCCGUAUGCCAAAUCAGCCAACUGGAAGCAUCCCUGGGUCACAGCCUCUCCUGCCAAACAGCCUGGACCCCACCAGACCUCAAGGACAUCCAAACAUGGGAGGUCCAAUGAGAAUGAACCCUCCCCGAGGUAUGGGGGGCAUGGGCCCACAGAACUACGGUGGCGGGAUGAGGCCUCCCCCAAACUCGAUGGGUCCUGGGAUGCCGGGCAUGAACAUGGGUCCCGGUGGAAGAGGUCCGUGGCCAAACCCCAACACCAACUCGAUAGCUUAUUCAUCUUCAUCUCCGGGCAACUAUGUGGGCCCUCCGGGGGGAGGCGGCCCACCAGGAACUCCCAUCAUGCCUAGCCCCGGAGACUCAACAAACUCAAGUGAAAACAUUUAUACAAUGAUGAACCCCAUCGGACCGGGAGGAAACAGACCUAAUUUCCCAAUGGGGCCGGGUCCUGAUGGGCCCAUGGGUGGAAUGGGUGCUAUGGAGCAGCAUCAUAUGAACGGGUCAUUAGGUUCUGGUGACAUGGAUGGGUUGCCAAAGAAUUCUCCCAAUAACAUGGCAGGCAUGAACAAUCCCCCGGGCACUCCACGGGACGACGGCGAGAUGGCAGGCAACUUUUUAAACCCAUUCCAAAGUGAAAGCUAUUCACCCAACAUGACGAUGAGUGUGUGAUUUUUUUUUUUUUUUUUUGUAAGUCUUUUAUUUUCACCUCCUCUUAUAAUCUCCCUCUCCCAUCUAUCCCGAUGCGUCUUGCAUUGCCCCCCUCCCCCUCCUGGAUGGUGUGCUGUCCCGUACAGCCCCUGGGGAUGCCCAUGGAAAGCAGACCCCCCAUCAAGGCCCCUCAUCCCAACGCCUGCAAAAUGGGAGUAAAAACAUGAAACAGCCUCCGAGUGACAGGAAAGGUCUCCUCGCCGCGACUCCUCAACUGACUGGGCUUCUUUUACGGGGUGAGCCCAGGACAGUGAGCGCCCGAGAGCCUCUCCGGAACCCUCCGUCUGCUCCUCGGGUGGCUUCAUGAUGCUACUUUGUACCCAGCUCGACCACCGCUCCUCCACGUCACGCUGAUCAUAACUCGCGCUGCGAGGACACAUAGCAGUUUGACCGGAGAACCAAGAACUCUGCUCCUGUGACCAGGACACGAAAACCAAGAACUGACGAUCUUAUUUUAGGACAAGAACUUCAUGAAAUGUUUGUAAUUUUAUUGUUGAUGAUAUUAUUGUUAUAUUUUUUCAUGAUUGAUAUUUUAUUAGUUAUGUUUUCUUGUAAAGGGCACAUUUUAUCUCAGCAGCAGCAGUGAUCAUGAAAUAAGCACACGCUCGACAAAUGCACAAUGAUUUUCUGUUUACAUGAUGUGAUUUUCCUUUGCAUACCUCCUUGAGAAUUCUGAGUGGCUUUUCUUUUCUCCAUCUCAGCGAUUGUGACACCACAGUUCUGAUCAGGCUACGCUGAGGUUUUCUCACAGCGAUGCCGUUUGCUGGGAAGAAUGGUCUGCUGAUGCACCUGAAGACUGAGAUAUCUAGACACCUCUUUUCUUUAUAUGAUGCCCACAUGGCGGUCAUCUGACAGUUUUCUGAUGAAAGCCCGAGAAGGUUCUUAGCUCAUUUGGCUUUAAAUGGUUCCCUUCUUGCUGGCUAACAGAGGGAGUGACCUCUGCACGCUGCACCAGCUCUCUGGUGGAUAUUUACCUUGUAUUGUGAUUAUUAAUUCUUAUUUACCGGAUUUCUGUGAAUGCAUCACUUUGCUUUAUUUCAUCUUCACCUUGGACUCCAAAGUGGCACCGCUUCCUUCGAUCUAAUCCAGUGCCAGUUUCUCCUUUGGACUGGGAGAAACCACUGUCACAGUCAUGAAGCCUUUUUUAAAUUUUGGGCUGAACUCAGAUCUGGUGUGAGCCGCUUUCCCAGACAGGACGGGCUAAAUACGUUUCCUGCAGAGCUCCCGUCGCGCCCGGUUCCCUCACUGAGCCCCACACAUUUGUGGGAUGAUGGAUCCAGCACUGAUGGUGGGAGUGGACUCACACAGGUUGGCGUUGAUUAAGAAGAGGAAUAAUAAUAAUAAUAAUAAUAAUAGGAGACUUUUGUGAUGGAUAUAUUUCCAUAUGUGUGGAGUGUUUCUCUUAAUUUUCUAUUAUGUUAGAAACCGGCUAACAGGAAAUGAUGCUUCUGAAAUGAAAAAAAAAGCCCGCCAAACCUGCACACAAAAGAAGUCAGCUACACAUUCUGCACCAUUCAGCAGCUCUCUGUCCCUGUUUAAAACAUACUUUACCUGUGGUAGCAUCACGCUGCAGCACUUAAAGUCACGCCUUUAUUCAAAGCGACAAUAACUAAACCUCCACUGGAGCCUGUGAUGGUGAUGAUGACGUACUUUAAAAUGUUCUGAUCCCAGUGUGAGCAGAGUGCCAGGAUGCCUCCAUGACCCGGCUACAGUGGAGUGUCACACGCCUCCCCUCUCCCUCUUCUGACACCCCCCCUCCGCCCCUUCUCUUUUUUUCCUUUUAUUGUAAAUACUGUAUAAUGCAUUUUGAUAUCAUUGACAUGUUUUGAUAUGUCGGUCACUACCAAU